AUGCCUUCGAUCCUGCCGAGACUUAGGAUUGCCAUGCUGCAGUUCCAUGAUGGAACAGCAUGGGAACUCUUGUCCAGCGUGAAGGCUGCUUUGCGGUCUCUCUCCGGCCUGCAAAACCCGGAGCCAACGAUUGACCAGGUGCAGCUGUUCUUUACUCAAGUAAAAGCGCUUCGGAACACGGAGAUGGGUGUUUGGCUGCAGCAACAUGUCGUAGCAGAAUUUGCGACCUUGAAAGCCAUGUUCCAAGCUGUCCAAGAGGGGCGAUUGACUAUGGAGGAAGUGGGCCAGGUCUGGCUGCCGCAUGAAGCGAAAGGCUUGGAGGAUGCGGAGUUGGUGAUUUGCAGCGAACCCAUGUGGUUGUGCCCCUACCUGCGACUGAGGCGGUCGAAGGUGAUGUUGGGCGUAUUGCACAUGGCUUUGCUCAAUGAGUUCCCCACUACCAAUGAGGGCGACUUGUGGAGCUUUUGGUCCGGCUUCAAGUCGAUGCUAGAAGAGCGGCGCAUGCUUCCCUCUGUUGCGUGUCGAACCACCAUUGAGCAGGUGGCCCAUCAGAGUGGCUGGCAGCUCCCCUAUGUGCCGUUCAUUGGCCUGGGUAUCCAAACCAGGUACGCUCCAGUGGAGGAGAGAAGAGCCUUGAUCUUUCGGAACAAUCGGCAAAACACGUUGGCCUUCCGAAGCGCUCUGCGGAUGUUUGUGGACUCAACGGAGAACUUUCCCAUGAAGGUGAUGGACAUGAAUGACUUCAAGAAAGCUUUGAGCUUUGAGGAGAUCGCGACUUUCCACUGCGUGAUCUUUGUGCCGCACGGCCCCAAUGCGUUGCGCCUCUCGGACAUCUAUGCCGCCAACAUCCCAGCUGUGGUGCCGGAGGAGCCACUAGUGCAGAACUUUGUUUGGAGCAGCAGGACAUUUGGAGGCUACGAUGCCGAGACCCGAUACCUGGAGCGGGCGCCACCAGAGCUGCGAACACAGACGGAUGCACCCGCCUUCCAUGCCAGCAACUACCUGCAAUCAUGGUCCAUCCAUCGCUUCAUCGACGACCGGCGGUACUGGUACCAGUUCACAGAGAGUGGGCCACGCUGCCUCACCUCCUGCGCUUCCACUCGUUGCCUUCGCUUUUGCAGCUUUUGA